UCUCUCUCUCUAUCCGGACGAAAAUGGACGGUGUUACCGGCGGAGAAACAAAUACCGGCGAGGCUGUGACGGCGCUGACACCGCGGAAUCCGCAUCCAGCGACGUUGCUUAGUGCGAACUCUUUACCUCCUCCUUUCCUUAGCAAGACUUACGACAUGGUGGAAGAUCCAACGACGGACGCGAUUGUUUCAUGGAGUCCGACGAACAAUAGCUUCAUUGUCUGGGAUCCACCGGAGUUUUCUCGUGAUCUUCUACCUAAGUACUUCAAACACAACAAUUUCUCCAGCUUUGUUCGUCAGUUAAAUACCUAUGGUUUUAGGAAAGUGGAUCCAGAUCGGUGGGAAUUUGCUAAUGAAGGUUUCUUAAGAGGUCAAAAACAUCUAUUGAAGACGAUAAGCCGGAGAAAAUCUGCUCAGGGACAUGGUAGUAGUAGAGUUCCACAAUCUCAGGCAUUAUCUCAGGGUCAAGGUUCAAUGGCUGCAUUAUCUUCAUGUGUUGAAGUUGGGAAAUUUGGGUUAGAGGAAGAAGUUGAACAGCUUAAAAGAGACAAAAACGUGUUGAUGCAAGAACUCGUUAAGUUACGCCAGCAGCAACAAACAACAGAUAGUAAACUUCAGGUUAUGGUUAAACAUCUUCAGGUGAUGGAGCAGAGGCAACAACAGAUCAUGUCUUUUCUUGCUAAAGCUGUCCGGAAUCCAACUUUCCUCUCUCAGUUUAUACAGAAGCAGACUGAUAGUAAUAUGCAUGUAACCGAGGCUAAUAAGAAGCGGAGACUCAGAGAGGAUACUACCGAUGCUGCUACUGCUGAGAAUUAUAGCCGUAGCUCGGAUGCAUCAGAUGGACAGAUAGUUAAGUAUCAACCUCUUAGAAACGAUUCAAUGAUGUGGAACAUGAUGAAAACAGAUGAUAAGUAUCCGUUUCUUGACGGGUUCUCAUCUCCAAACCGGGUAUCAGGAGCCACUCUUCAAGAGGUACUGCCCACAACUUCAGGACAGUCACAGGCAUAUGCACCCAUACCAUCAGGACAGCCUUUAUCAUACUUACCCUCUACUUCAACUUCUCUCCCGGUCCCAGAUACCGUAAUGCCAGAGAUUUCCCAGAUGCCACAAUUGACACGAGAGAGUAUCAACGACUUCCCUACAGAAAACUACAUGGAUACCGAGACUAAUGCUCCAGAUACAUUCAUCUCUCCAAGCCCAUUCCUUGAUGGUGGUUCAGUCCCAAUUCAGCUUGACGGAAUACCUGAAGACCCCGAGAUUGAUGAACUGAUGAGUAACUUUGAAUUCCUUGAAGAAUAUCCGCCAGAAAGCCCAGUUUUUGGAGAUGCAACUACACUAGAGAACAGCAACAACACAACUGGUAGACAUAUGGAUAAGCUUAUAGAAGAGUUGGGUCUUCUCACACCAGAGACAGAAUAAUCCUAAAAGAUUAUGAAUUUAUGUAUAGUAUCAAACUGUAAAGUCUUUCUCUACUAACAUUAUGGUUACUGGUUAGGACUUAGUAGGAUCUCUUUUGUCAAAAAAAUUGUAACUUUGUGACAGAAUCUUUCUUUGGAUAAUAGAAGAGUUAUAUUUAU